GUCUGUUUUAAAGUGUUGCUGCCGUCCAACCACCAGGACGUCAUGUAUGAAGUGAAGGAAAAUCAAGUGUGGACAGAAAAGGGAGAGGGGGCAUAGCACCUCCCACGUCCUAUCUGGCAGAAAGAGAGAGCGAGAGAGACAGAGAGAGAGGGAGGGAGGGAGUCUGCUGUGGCGGUGGUGGUGGUGUUAGAAAUCGGACGACAUGAGCUCUACAUGAACCGCGUAAAAUGCUGUAAGACGCUCCUCGGCGUUUGUCUUUCAUCCGUCUCGACCAAGGGCGAGCCCGACGCGGAGCAGUCUUCUUCCCGACCAGGUGCAACACUGUCUUAGAGCCUGAGGGGGGCAGAAUGCCGGAGCAGAGCAACGACUAUCGCGUGGUGGUGUUCGGGGCGGGCGGAGUGGGCAAGAGCUCCCUGGUGCUGCGCUUCGUCAAGGGCACCUUCAGGGACACCUACAUCCCCACGGUGGAGGACACCUACCGCCAGGUGAUCAGCUGCGACAAGAGCGUGUGCACGCUGCAGAUCACCGACACCACGGGGAGCCACCAGUUCCCCGCCAUGCAGCGCCUGUCCAUCUCCAAAGGCCACGCCUUCAUCCUGGUGUACUCCAUCACGAGCAAACAGUCCCUGGAGGAGCUCAAGCCCAUUUACCAACAGGUCCUGGCCAUAAAGGGCAACGUGGAGGCCAUCCCCAUCAUGCUCGUGGGCAACAAGAGCGACGAGACCCAGCGGGAGGUGGAGACCAAGGACGGAGAGGCGCAGGCCAACCAGUGGAAGUGCGCCUUCAUGGAGACGUCAGCCAAGACCAACCACAAUGUAACCGAGCUCUUCCAGGAGCUGCUCAACCUGGACAAGAAGAGGAACAUGAGCCUCAACAUCGACGGCAAGCGCUCAGGGAAGCAGUCCCGCGCCGAGAGACUGAAGGGCAAAUGCAGCGUGAUGUGAAUAUCGGAGAAGGAGGAAAGGGGAGGUGGAGGCCGGGGAACGGGGGCUUACAGAGAAUAACGGAGGAGCGCAAAGGGAGACGAGAUGAAAGACGGACUCACUAAACGUAUCACUCAGAGCAAAAUGUCUGGAAGGCAACGGGGAAUCUCAUCACCCACCGCCUCCUCCAGUUGACUGGUGCCAUUUCACCAACGCAGACUUCCAUACCGGGAACAUACCGCAUUUCAGCCCGGAGCAUUGCAUCCAUUUGCAUUCUGCUUACAUACAGAAAACACCGAGUCGCAGAAGAACACCGGUGGACGUCAGCCGUUGUUUUUUGGGGAAAAAAACAGCGCGGGCGCGGACUUUUUCCAUCGUCCAAGUGCCUCGAAACCCGGCUGAGGGGUCCCGUUGAAACCUUGGACUCCGUUUAAAGACCACAGGCGACAGCACCGUGUCCUCUCUCACCUCCACACCCGCGACGCUCCCCCGCUGCCCGGCUCGCACCUGAACACAACCCCCUCGACAUCCCAGCGCCCUCGUCCUUUCGCACCCCCCCCCUACUAGUUGUAGUACUACAACUUGUAGUACUACUAGUUGUAGUACUACAACUAUAGAGAAACCUAAUGUGUACGCAGCAGAGUCGACCAAGUUAGUGGAGUUCAACUCAUCUGGUAGAAACACCCUUCUUUUCAGAAACACGCUAGUGAAGACAGGACCUGAGGGGCUCGUGACCCAGCCAAAACCCGAGGAUGUAAAUAGACAUGGGAUACCUCGAUUAUUCCAUCUAGUCUCUUCGUGCCCUGACCCAACUUCUAUAUCGGUCGCAGAAGGUUAAUGCAUUCAUUUGUGGCGAGGGGACAAAAUCACCCGUGUUCUCAUCCAAUUGGUCCUGAAAGAUAUUUUUUAAAAGAAGACCCUUCUUUGCAUAGGUCAAGCCGUCAUUCUAUCAUCGAGCUCACGUGCAACCCUGUUAAAUGUCCCCGCCCGAAGUGGAGCAGCAUCCGGCGGCCGGGGCGUGCUUCUCACCAAGUGUCCGACAAUGACCCUGGAUGCGGGGAAGCUGGACUCUCGUCAAAGCAUGAAACUGAAAAACAAAACAAAACAAAACGCGUCUGCCUUGAGGGAACGAUACACUCACUCGGAUAACCAUUGCCAGGCUGGUAAGGACGGAAGAAAAAAAGGCGAACCCGGACGAUUUUCCUGUUUUGGUUCUGUGGUCAAGAAUGUCACGUUUUGCUUUGGCACUUUUCACGUGAAGGUUUCUCUCUAUUUAAUGCCUUCUUCUUCUUUUUUUUCCUUUUUUUCUUGCUUUAUGACGAUCUUUAAAUUCAUGUUGAGAAAAAAAAACAGAAAGCACACAGAGAAAAUAAGAAAAGAAUUAUAAUGUAAUGGAUGUAAAAUUCCCCCCAGUGCAGAUUAUUGAGUGUGACCUGAAUCAGUAAUUCUGUUUCCUCUUUGAUUGUUUGUUUGUUUUUGGUUUGGACACACUACUUCUCAUCCAGGCAUCAGGAAACAGAAUGGGUCAAACACACACACACACACACACACACACACACACACACACACACACACACACACACACACACACACACACACACACACACACACACACACACACACACACACACACACACACACACACAGGCGCCCGAACGCAAAAGAAAUACCCGCGCGCAUGCAUAUCUGUGGUUUUCAACCUGAGAAACACGUUUUUGUUGACGGCCUACAUGAGGAACUCACUCAGCCUAGAUGCUCUCACAUUGCACUUUAUAUCAUGAACACACACCCUCACGCACAACACUUAAAUCUGCCAUGUUUUUGCCUAUAUAUUAUGUUUUUACGACCUCUGCUGAACACAGAAUAUCCCGGAGCCAUUGCUCUAUGUCCAAAGUGCAUAUGUAUAAAUAUAUAUACAUAUAUAUAUAUAUAUAUAUAUAUAUCUAAACAUACACACACACACACACACACACACACACACACACCCUUUUCUCACGCAGGAGCUCUGGAAAUUGUACACAGUGUACACAGGACUGCCAAAAGCACAAUACUUUUUUACCGACAUAUCUGUUUGUACAUUUUUGUUUUUGUCUGUUUCCUUUUUUGUAUAUUGUUUUUGAAUGUUUUGUCUCGUCUGCGACGAUUUCCAUCUUUAACAUUUGCUCGACGGUCCUGGACGCGGAGGAACAAACAAUCGCCUCACCGUCGCAGGUAGCCCUCAGUCUCGGUGUAGAUUGUAAGAUGCUAUCGAUGGCAACGGUAACGCGGCACAGCGAGGUCGCGAUUCUGCCGAUACAACCGGGUAUGUCGUGAUGUGACCCGUCGGCUGCGGCGGCGGGGGGAAUGUGUGUGGGUGACGGAAGCCCCCUCCCGCCACACGAUCGCAGAGGAGGGUCGGAUUAUUUGUCCACUGUUCUCCAUCUCUCAGGCGGCUCUAACAAAACAACUUGGUGGAUAAUCUGUCUCCUGUACUGUUAAACCCAAAGACACAGAGAACGGCCCUUUUAACUGUGUGUCCGUUUCUCUGGAUAAAAAGAAAGAAAGAGAGAGAGAGAGAGAGAUGGAAGAAAAAAGCACAGCAACUGUUCUCGUCCGUCUCCUUCUGUCUCUGUGUGUGCGGCAGAAUCAACGACUGGGCACUUUAAGGGUGACAUUUUACUUGAAGAACUUGCUUAUUAAUCAGCGCUGCCUCGUUUAUGCACACGGUGUCAAAUGCCCCUCCUUCCAUUACUCACGCCCAUUUCAAAACUAUUCCAAAAUGUAUAGUUCUUUUGUAAAUAGGCUUACGGUAGUUCAACGAGAUGUUCAAAAGGAGCUUCAAGUAAGAUGUUACCCGUGUAAAGAUAAUCUGUACCCGCUGUCUUGCCGGGAAUAUGUCCUUUGUAACCAGGAAAUAUUGUUACAGUAGGAGGUUCAAUGUUGCUAUAUACUGUAAUAUACAGCUUAUUAACGACGCUCAUUAUAUAUUGUGUUUGACACAUCCACUCUUCAGAUCAAUCGGAUAAGAUUAGCAAAAUGUGAAUAUAUAUAUAUAACUAAAGGUUCCACUCCAUGGCUGUUUUUUUUUUUAAUUUUUCAAAGUUGAAUGAAUCCGUUGUUAUCGAUGUGUUGUAUUUUGCACUAACGUGAGGUCCUGUUAAACUCAACAACAACAAAAAGAUUGCAUUGUAAACACGCCCUUUACGCGUUAGACACCAGGGAUGCUCAUUCAUACUCUUUCACCCCCCCCCCCCCAUUGGUUUAUAUCUCAGAAACAAUACGUCUGAAUGAGAUCUGGGAUAUUUGUAAUAGUUUGUCUCGGUUUGUUCUUUAAGUCGCCAGUUGGAUGGAGUGAAACCUCCCUGACGUGGCCGUCCGAAGCACUGGGGCUGAAAGAGAAAAAGCUGGGGGAAAAACAACAACAACAACAACAACAAUCUGACCCCACGUCUGUGUCUGAUCUGAUGUGUAGCUGCAUAAAAUAUCAGCUGGACGCGUCCGGUCGCUGCCACGCACACCGCCAGAUUGCGAGGUAUAUGUUUGUGCAACGUGUUGUUUCCGCUGACGUCGUUUUGCUCAUGCCAUCCUGAGUGGAAAAUAUGAUACAGCAGGGCGGGGAGAGGGGGGGAAAAAAAACAACAGCCAACGAGGCAGCGUCCGGCAGCGGUAUGUGGACGACAACAGACGAGCCGGAGUGAAGAGGGAAAAGGGAGCUGUGCUAUUAAUAGACCUGGUGUGAAAGUGUGGAGUGCGACUGCACUAACUGUGGCCUGUGUAGGACUCCAAUGUGGCUGUGCAUGUUUUUGGGGGGCAGUGAGAGGAGUGUGUGUGUGUGUGUGUGUGUGUGUGUGUGUGUGUGUGUGUGUGUGUGUGUGUGUGUGUGUGUGUGUGUGUGUGUGUGUGUGUGUGUGUGUGUGUGUGUGUGUGUGUGUGUGUGUGUGUGUGUGUGUGUGUGUGUGUGUGUUAGUUAAACGCUUGCAUGAAUCAGGACAGACACCUCUGGCCCCCGUCCCCCCCAUGGCUUGUCUCAUCUCAUUUAUCAAUGAAGCAUAUAUUCAUCGCUGCUGUGUCGGUUUGUGUGAGUGCGUGUGGGACUGUGAGUGAGUGGGUGAGUUCAUCCAUGUAUGUGUGCAGUCACCUAUUUGCAUUUCUUCACUCUGGCCUGCAUGAUUGACUGUGCGUGUGCGUGUGUGUGUGUGUGUGUGUGUGUGUCUGCGUGGGUAUGAGUGUGUUUGCAUGUUUGUGUGCUGUCGUUGUACCAUCUUAUGAAGCGUCUGUCAGAUAUUUUUCUUGAGGAGACUGCCCACACAUUCUGCAUGAGUCAUCCAGCACACACACACACAAACAGGUGUGGGGGCUGAAUAGACAGGCGUAUUUCAUACGUCUUCAGUUCAAACAAGUUACACACAUUCUCACCGGCAUCAUCAUCAUCAUCAUCAUCAUCAUAACUGGCUGUUUUUGUUCUGCUCCGCGCUGUCGUGCAGGCUCCACUGUCUGCGCCGCUUCUCUCCAUAAAUUAGCUGUCCUCCCCCCGACGACUCUUGAGUUUCCUUCACAUCCGUCCCCUCCGCAUUCUUCUUCUUCUGUGAGUCGGUUUGCACUUGAACAGACUUGAAGGUCGACACUGCUCUCACAUCCGCCUGUAAGAUAGUUGUAAAUAGUGUUCAAAGGACUUCAAAUUUUUCAGAGUCGUGAGAGAGGGAGGAGAGCGUGCAUGGGCAAAGGAGGCUGUGGGUGGAAGGUGCCGGCGUUUCUUUCUCAAAGUCAAACUUACUUUACCUCACAGGAGAGCUACUUGACGACUUUGUGUCAACUUCAGCGGCUGACAUGGAGUCGUUAAAACUUUGGCCUUUUCCAAAGUGAGCUAUAAUUUUUUUCUCUGCAAGAAAAACAACUGAAUGUCCUUUAAAACAGGACAUUAGUGGAGACCCAAAGUGCCCAUUAUUAGAUUAAUGAAUAAGAUGCUUCAUUUUGUGGCUAAAUACAGACAAAAAAAAUAUAUACAUGAUAUUAACAUCAACAAAUUCUGAAAUAAUCUAAUAAAUGUUAGCUUUUAUUUAAUUCCAUUAGGUUUUCAUUCCUAAAUAUUACUUUCUUUUAUCAUUAUUAUGAUUUCACCGUGCUAUUUCCCAUCCCAGUGAAUUCAUUUUAUUGUGACACGGCAGUCCAAAAAAGAGGAACAAUCUGGGCAAAGUCAGUUAUGCGACCGGCUGACUUCUGAAUCAGACCAAAGCAGCAGCAGCAGCCAAUUACAUAACAGGAUCUUCUCGAUUUUUGUCUUGAACAAAAGUUGCAUGGUCAUGGCGUUGUGAAAUAAAUGCAGACGUUGGAAGAAGAACUUGAGUUGCCGGAAAAUACAUAAAAAUGUUUUAUUGAGAAAAGACGCAGGAUAAAAUGACAUUUGAUAAUACUGAACUGUUGGACUGUUGCCAGGCAGAGUUCGCCCCAGUUGUUGGUCAUCGUGGAGGUCACAGGGUGCUCGGCGGCGAUGUUGCUGAGGAGUCUCCUCACUUUGGUUCUCGUGCGUGUGCGUGCGUGCGUGUUCUUCCGUGGCAGGAUGCGGAAACAUGACCUUGUGACGCUGAAACAAAAGGGUCACGUAGAAGCUGAACACACAAUAAAAGCUGCGCCUUUCAAUGCCACCGGUUUCAUUUCUACAAACGAGGGCAGGUGACAGUCACGUGAGAGGGUCUGAGGGAAAUCAGCUCCGCAGGGUGGAAAUAAAAUAAUUCAAAAAAAGAUGCUCCCACUGACCCUGUUACAAGCUGGUGGUGGUUGGGGGCCGCACAGCGGGGCCUAUAGAGCUUGUGGGUAAUGUAGUUCGGUACUAUCCUGUCGCUCUGGCUCUUCAUUCCUGCAUGGUCCCUAUCGGUGUUUCAGCCAGCAUGAGAACAAGGACACAAACUGUGAAUCAUCUUUGUAUUUUUUAAAUAAAUUCCCUCGGCAGCA